AUGCGUUCUUCUUUUCUAAUUGCAACCGGCUUGUCAGUGGCUUACGCCCAGCUUCAAUCCGAAUAUGAUUAUGUUAUCUGCGGUGGUGGUACCGCGGGCCUUGUACUCGCUAACAAACUGAGCGCGGAUCUCAACACACAAGUUCUCGUCGUGGAGGCUGGAGCCAACGUCAGCCCGGAUGAACCCGCUGGCCAAGGUGUUGAAACCGGAUGGGCAUACAAAAGUCAGCCGCAGAUUUACGCUGGAGGACAGAUUAUGGACUUGCCUGCUGGCAAGAUUCUCGGUGGUAGCAGUCAAAUCAAUGGUGAGUGUGAUCAUUGCAAUUCAGACCUGUGAUCGAGCUGACGAAAGGCAGGCAAGGCUUAUGUCCGACCAGACGCCAGCGAGAUUGACAAUUGGGGUCAAGUGAACGACGCAAGUUGGUCCUGGGAAGUCCUCUUCCCUUUCUACAAGUCUUCCGAAAGCUUGUCGCUCCCAAGCAGUGAGCAAGAAGACGCUGGCAACACCGUCAACAAAGACUUCCACGGCUUUAACGGGCCAGUGAACACAACAUUCCCAGCUGUUGGGACACCAAACUUCUUCAAUAUCUUAGAGGGCACAGCGGCGAAUGUCAGCAUACCGCGCAACAAGGACUUCAACGGCGGCGCCGCGCGAGGUCUUUCGACGUAUCCUGGAACUUACCGUAUCGAAGGCGAGAGGGAACAGUUCCGUGAGUCUGCCAGGGAAGCAUACUAUCUCGGCAUCGCCAGCCGCAAGAAUUUGGAAGUAUUAGCAGGAACUUCCUGUCUUCGAAUCACCUGGGCAGAUGGAUCCAGUGGUGAUAAUGUUACAGCUAGCGGCGUGGAGAUAGCCAACUCCAACAACCUGACCACCGUCAGCGUUCGCAAGGAAGUCAUCGUCUCAGCAGGCUCAUACCGCUCUCCGACCAUUCUGGAAUACUCUGGCGUCGGCAACCCCAAGAUCCUCGCCAACUACAACAUCACCACCAAGAUCGACCUACCUGGUGUAGGAGAGAACCUUCAAGAUCAGAUGCAAGGCAGCAUCACGUACAGCCUCAGCAACACCUCCAACAUCUCCUUCCCGGACGCAGUCGGGAACGAAAUCACCACCAACUACCUCAUGCACGUCACAUACGAAGACAUCUUCGGCGACGGAGCCGCGGAAAUUCAAGCUCGAGUGAAUUCUUCCCUUUCCGCCUACGCAUCCACCAUCUCCAAGAGGAUCAACGGAUCGAUUACUGCAGAGCAGAUUCUCAACUCACUCCAAGUCCAAUACGAUACCAUCUUCAACCGUCGUGCUCCCGCCGUCGAACUCUUCACCAACCAAGCACUCACCCGCGAUUCGGUCACUCUAGAAUUCUGGCCCUUGCAAUCCCUCGGACGCGGGAACGUGCACAUCUCCGGCGCAAAUGCGCAGGCUGCGGGUGCGCAGCCCAUCAUUGACCACAAUUACUUCAUAACCGACUACGACUGGGACAUUUACAUUGCGGCCGCCCGGUGGGUGCGUCGCUUCUUCGCUACGGCUCCUCUGGUCGAUUCCAUGGGCGAGGAGACCCGGCCCGGGUUGGCGAAAGUGACCCAAGACGCAAGCGAUGAGGAAUGGAAGGCCUUCUACCAGGACAAUUUCCGCGCCGGUUGGCACGCUGUCGGAUCUGCUGCUAUGCUGCCUCGGGCAUGGGGUGGUGUGGUCAAUGGAGACCUGCAAGUGUACGGCACGGCCAAUGUGAGGGUGUGCGAUGCUAGUGUUAUCCCCUUUAUCUUGGGUGGACAUCCUACCAGUACGCUGUACGCAAUGGCGGAAAGAGCGGCAGAGUUGAUAAUCAGGGGCACAAAGGGAUAG